AUGAACACCUUGGAGCUGGGCAGGAACAAGCUCCUGAGCGGUACCAAGGCUAUCACCCGUUCUGUGUCGCAGAUUCUGAAGCUUCUGGACUUCAGCGUGUUUGAUGCUCCUGAUUCGAGGUCGCUAGAUCCCAUCGACGGUGAAUCCACAGAUGAAGAUACGGGCAACGAUACCACCUUGAACGACGACGACUUGCUUUGCUCGCCGCUGUAUAAGUCUCAGGAGAGGAAACAGAAGUUAGCGUCUGCUUCUCAGAUCGACGUAUGUCGUCCUCCCACCUCUCUCCAGAUGAGAAGAACACAGUCUCUUUUACAGGAUCCCCAGCUUACAGCAACCUACAAUGGCCAAGAACACCUCCUGCUGACGAAACUCAAGACUUUUACCGUCGCUCAUGACUUGUUGCCUCGAAUAGACGAGCACGAAAUGUACAAGAUCGUCUCUGGUCAGUACAACUCUGAAUUCGACGAUUACAUUGUCAUAGACUGUCGGUUUCCUUACGAGUUUGACGGCGGCCACAUUGUCAACGCAAUCAACAUUUCGUCAAAGACUGAUUUGGAGAUGCAUUUUAUCAAACGCCGUCCGUUGAAGCCAAAGAAACGUCUUUUAAUCUUCCAUUGCGAGUAUUCCAUUUUCAGAGGACCCACCAUGGCUGGCCACUUGCGUAAGGCCGAUCGAAUAUUCAACUCAGAUCAGUAUCCUAAGCUCAUUUACCCUGACAUCGUCAUCCUAGAAGGUGGCUACAAGCGGUUUUUUGACAAGCACAAGGACUGGUGUGUGCCCCAAGCAUACGUCGAAAUGAAGGAUAUCAAACAUAAAAGAGCAUGCGAGGUUGAAAUGAGUAAGGUCAUCCAAGCUUCCAAACUCACCAGAGCACGCUCGUAUAAUCACUUUCAGCUGCAUCGUACCGAUCACACGCGGUCAUCGUCUUUCACAGCCCUAUUGUCGUCCUCGGAACAACAUUUAUGUUCACCAGGCACGUCUUCGAGCGGGGGUCAAUUACCGAGACGUAAAGCUUCUAAAAUACAAAAGAGACAAGAGGCUCGUAAAGAGCUCCGUCUUCAGCUCUCUCAGCCACUGGCCAGUUGGUACUCUAUUCACUCUGAGUCUUCGCUGCCAUCUGAAUUCCAAAAUGGUUCAUUCCCUUGUUUCGAUGAGCAAGCUUUUGCACCACCCUCGGCAUUGUUCAGAGAACAUAGCAAAAACUCGUCGGUUCUGCUGGCAUCUAUCCAAUCUUCAGCGCUGCUGGUCUGUUCUGAAAACUACUCAUCUGCCUUUACAUCGACCGAGUCUUUAGCUUCGUGCUCUUCCCCUUCAGCUGAGUCAUCUGAUUACUUUGAUAGUAACUCGUCAGCAUUCAAAAACGCAUCACUCGCUACAUUGUCCAAUCCUUCCAAUAUGUAUGCAUCCCCCCAGAAUACUGACUACCUGUUCCCUUCUCAGAGCUCAAUGUCAACGAAACCCAAGAGGCUUUCAUUGCAAAGACCGGCUCAUCGGACUCCUAGGCAUCACAUGAACUUGUCUUCGCCGACAACUAGUUCGCCGCUAACGACCACCACACCCAGUUCCGUGUUUGAAAAUUGGCCCAGUGUUGGCCACAAUGCCGAUACUAUCAAUGAUUCUCCACUUAACUUCUCUCCACACCACAAGUUCAACCCAAACGAGCAGUUGACUGAAUUCAAUCAAUCAAUACUUCCACAUAUCCCAUCUUACGCAGAGAUUGACGAGGAGGAGGAGGAACCCGAAUGA